AUGGACGAAGAUAAUAGCUGCCCGCAAUGUGGUUCUACGCAGCUCGAAGUCGACGAGGACGACGGCAGGACAUAUUGCGAGAACGGCCAUGACCAGGGCAGGGCGCCAGUGGUUGCUGAAGAUGACCAGGAUUUUGCGAGACAGGGUAAAGUACUGAAGAAGAAGGAGGCCAAAGAGAAGCAAAAAGCCUCUGGAGUGCUGCAUGGAGCCAGAGCAUAUCAGCUGUUUCUUCAGUCAUGGCAACUUAUCCUGCGGAAGCAGUGCUACGCUCUCGUGUACCAGAAAGGCUUGCCGCCGGAACUUUGGACGAUCGUGAGAGAUCUGUGGGUGUUGUGGCUUUCGAAACUCGACCAUCGCCUUCGAGAUGCCACCGAGUCCCAGCCACGCACGGGCACGGGUACAGGCUCAGCAAGUGAGGCGGACCCUGCUACGACCUCUGCCGACGAGACAGACACCGAUCCUGAGACUGAGGAGGGGAGACGAGCUCGCCAGGAGCGCGACUCUACUCGCGUCGGUCCCGCGCUGGUCGAUACCGUCGUCCUCAACUACCUGGGCAUCCUCCUGCUACGGAGGCCGAUCGGGUUGGCGACCUUGUUAAAAUGGAUCCAGCAGGAAGACAUCCCCUUCAUUCGGGCCGUCAGGCAUGUUCCUGCAGAAAUGAAGGACCGUCUACCUGGAGAAUACCGGCUCUCUUUGGACAGCACACGAAUCCUUGAGCCCGACGACCUGCAGGCCGCAGUGUACCGUCGCGCGAAAAUGUACACCAUGUCCUUCGGGAUGACCAUGCCUCCCUUGAAUCACAAACUCCUCUUCCUGGGCUAUGUCCGAUCGCUCGCCCUUCCAAUCGAGGUGUACAGCAUAGCCCAGCGUCUCAACACCAUCAUAAGCUACCCAUUCUGCUAUCCCGAUCCGACGACCUGGCCAUCUACCAGACAUCGGCCCACCACGUACCCCGAGACGCAGAUGAUGUCGCUCAUCGUGGUGGCCACGAAGCUCCUCUUCCCCUUUGACUCGCAAACAGUCAAGCGGUAUCCGAAGGACCCCAACGACCCUACUAGCUUGCGCAUGAACUGGGCAGCGUGGCUGGAUGCCAAACGAAGGUUCGACGACCCCAAGACCGACUCCACCGAUGGCAUACAUGACGGUCCAGCCGGCCUCGAUCCCGGAUCCGAGAUCCACGUCACCGACAGCGACAUACUCAAGAUGACGGACCGCCAACUCGACCAGUACAUGGACUGGUACCAGCGCACCUGGACUGCCAAACCCGACCAGCAGACUUGGUCUCGAAAACACGCACUCGACAAGGAGAUACUGGACCUGUUCCCUCUCCACGACCUCCCGGAGCGGAUCAAGUCACGGGAAGAGCACGAGCGGACAGUUGCAGAGGACCAGGCUCGUGUGACGGCUCGGAUCAAGGAGGUCCAGGCGUCGCUUGCGUCACGCAAAGCCAUUCCUCCGGAGGAAGAGGACGAGCAAGGCAUGGAGGUUCUUCGGCCGGGCACCAUGUAUCCGCAGAUCCGCCAUGUCGAGGAUCUCGACCACGCAGACGGGUGGGUCAAGGUGUUCCACGAGGAAGCGGCGCUGACGGCAUGCACCAGCGUCAAGAGGCUCUUGAGGGCCGUCAACCACUGUGAGGAGACAAUUGAGCAGUGGCUCAGGGCGCGCAGACGGGAAGAGGUGUUUCGGGAUGACAAUGAGAAUGAGGAUGACGGUGAGGAAGAACUAUUGUCUGUUGACCAGCAGGAAGAAGAAGAUCGGCACCUGGCCUCGGAUUUGGAGGAUGCCGCUGGGCCUAGGAUGCCUGUGCUCGCGACAAGUCCGCCUGCAGCUUCUGCUUCAAGGACGCUCGCCAGAGAUCUGAAGGGUCUGGAGAUCGAAUCGUCGCCCAUGCUCAAUGAGUCCUCUUCAAACGAGGGAAUGGGAAUGGGAAUGGGAAUGGGAGUGGGAGUAGACAUGGAGAUGGAGAUGUAG